AUGGAUGAGGAGUGUUUGGAAGCAGCCAUUCAGAAUUAUAAUGCCCAACUGCAGCAAGUGGAGCUGGCGUUGGGAGCCGGGCUGGAUCCCUCGCAAGAAUCCGACCUGAUCCAGCUGCAGUCGGAUUUAAAGCAGCUGAUCGAACUCACCGAAUCCAGCCUGGUGUCUGUGAAAAAGAGCAAGCUCUUUGCCGCUUUGGACCCGGGGAGAUUCUCCGCCUCUCCACCCACUCGUCUAAGCCAAGAUGGCGGUGAGUUGGGCAAGCCCAACGCCGAUGACGAAUACGCAGCUUUUCAAGAAGCCGUCGCUGGUGGAGGCGGCGAGUCUUCGGGCACUCAAGACGAGGCCUACCCAAAGACAGACAGUGAGGCGGACAGCGAGGGGGAGGAAGAGCAGUUGGAGGAGGAGGAGGCGGCCAGUGGGAUGAAAGUGAAGGCCCCGUACUACAGUUCGUGGGGCACCCUGGAGUACCACAAUGCCAUGAUUGUGGGCAGCGAGAGCUUGGAAGACGGCAGUUCCGGGGUCCGAGUUCUCUACCUCUGCCCCACUCACAAGUCCCUCAAGCCAUGCCCCUUUUUUCUGGAAGGGAAAUGCCGUUUCAUGGAGAAUUGCCGAUUUUCCCAUGGGCAGGUUGUCUCCGUGGAGGAGCUGCGUCCCUUUGAGGACCCCGACCUCAGCGGCCUGGCGGAGGGUUCGGCCUGCCUGGCGAGACAUCAGGACGGGAUCUGGUACGCUGCUCGCAUAACCGACAUCGAUAGUGGGUACUACACCGUGAAAUUUGACUCGCUGCUGCUGAAGGAAGCCGUGGUGGAGGGGGACGCUGUCAUGCCUCCACUGCGUAGCGAGGAGGGCUCUUCGUCCUCGGAGUCGGACGAUGACGAAGUGGAUGAUGCGGGAUACGCUAAAGUCAUCGAGUCCGCUGCCCUAGAGAACGGGGAAGGGCCCUCUGUUUGCAGUUCCUCCUUCGGCUGCUGGGAGGCGCACACUCGAGGGAUUGGCUCUAAACUCAUGGCUCAGAUGGGGUAUGAGCUGGGAAAAGGUUUGGGGAAGAACUCGGAGGGCCGAGUGGAGCCUGUGCUGGCUGUGGUGCUGCCAAAAGGCAAAUCCUUGGACCAGUGUGCCGAGAUCCUCCAGAAGAAGCGGGAGGGGACGCUCGAUCCAGCCAAACCCAAGAGACGGCGAGCGAAAGGGAGCGGCACCGCCCGGCCCUCCGCCCGGAGGCCCAAGCCCCCCAACCGGAACGUGUUUGACUUUCUGAACGAAAAACUCCAGGGCGCCGGGGAGCAGCCAGGGGAGAUGGCGCCGUUCGAGAGGGACAGCAAGGAGAUCUAUCACGCCAGCAAGAGCACCAAGAGGGCGCUGAACGUCCGCCUCUUCCAGACGGUAGAGAAGAUUGACCAAACGCAGAAGGAUAUCCGAGGAAUCCAGGAGGCCCUGGCACGCAAUGUCGGACGGCACAGCAUCGCCACGGCUCAGCUGGAAGAGAAGCUGGCUGGUGCCCGCAAAAAGCUGUCCGAGCUGCGGGCUCAGGAGGCCAGUCUACAGCGAGAGCAGAAGAAAGCCGACACGCACAAGAAAAUGACUGAGUUCUAAUCU